CUUCGCCCCAAUACCAGCGCGAUUUGCAGCGAGCGCCCGCGCGAAUCGUUACGCGGACACACCGUACUUGAACGCUUUCGCGACACAAAACGUACCGGACACUGUUCGACGGGAAUUUAAACUGAAAACGGACAUUCGAUAUUUGCAAUUGUGAAUAAGAAACCGCGUCCGGAUAUUGCAGUGUUGCAAUUUUAAUAUACAUGUUAUUGAACAUGCAGCUAAUAAAUUUACAAAUGGGCAAUCGAUAUUUCAAAUUUUAAUCUUCAAAAUAAAGUGAAAAUUAAAGACUAAUGAAUCCUUUAAAUGUUGACAUUAAGUUGCGCAAAAAGUGUUACUAAUGGUGCUGAGAGUGACAUUUAGUGUGAUAUACAAAAAAGUGUCAUAAACUAUCAUCUGAACAUUUCGCUAUGGACAACAACUUAAACAAAUUUGCAUAAACAAAGAACAAAUUAAGUAGCCAUUUUAAAUUCCAACAAAUUAUCAACGCAUAAAUAAGCUCAAAAUACACAUAAAAAGAAAUGUCAUUAUAAAUUUUUGUAAUCGCGAUUGACGCGUAAUAGUGAGAUGCGAUCGAGUAGAUGAAAUGAAGACUUCGCUCGAAUGUGAUCGGGCCGAAGCCGCGGACAGCGGCGGAAAAGGAAGAAUAUCUUUCAGUGUUGACUCCCUGCUGGGCAGUAAAACAGAAGCUCCUAAAGAAUCUGUAGACACGAGUAGCGUAGACGCUGAAAGUGCGGUGGACAGUGACGAAAGUGACGUCGAUAUCGAAGACGUUGAAUCUAAUGCUGGCGAUGAAAGAGACGAUAGGGAGAGUAAUAAUGAUGGAGAGGAAAUGGAAAGCAGGACUGGGGUUGUGGUCCCGCAGCCGCUGUUGCCACGACUCUAUCAAGGCCCGGCGCCGUCGGCGUGGCCCUUCGGAGCGUUCCCCUGGAUGGCACCGAACCCAAUGUUCAGAGCUGGAUCUCCAAACACGGGUGCCCCAAGCGGUCCUCCGGUGGUACGUUGCCAACUACGCAAACACAAGCCCAACCGCAAACCGCGUACGCCCUUCACCACGCAGCAGCUGCUGGCCCUGGAGAAGAAAUUCCGAGACAAACAGUACUUGAGCAUCGCUGAACGAGCUGAGUUCUCCUCAUCGUUGAGACUUACGGAGACACAGGUAAAAAUUUGGUUCCAAAACAGACGGGCCAAAGCGAAACGUCUGCAAGAGGCUGAAAUAGAAAAGCUCAGGUUAUCUGCUAGGCCGCUACUCCCACCAUCUUUCGCUCUCUUCGGAGGUGGGGGCGCGCCGCCGCUGUUCGCAGCAAUGGCCGCUGCAACCAGACCUCAACUGAGCUUCCUCGGAGGGCCACCUACACAUCAGCAUGCUAUCAACAUGAACAUUCUGAAUUCAUUACAACCGCAUUGACAUCAACCAAACGCGGGAACGCGUCAUUUCAAACAUCCGCCAUCUUAGAUGUAAUGUCAAAAUUGUCAAAGAGUAAUCAUUCAUUUACACAGAUCAGAUACAGUAAGUCAGAUUUUAAUUAAAUGUAUUUUGUGAUAGUAACAUCCAUAGAAGAAGUAAAUAAAUAUCGUUUGUUCAGU